AUGGAGGAAUAUGAAUAUUACGAUGAUGUCUUAAGACUUCUAUCUUUCUUUCGUAAGAGUUCAAAUGCGAUCACUCUGGCAAAGAAUAUUAAGUCAGACGCAGCUUCUGAAAAUCAAUCUACCAAAUUUAAGACUGCAUGUGUGACUAGAUGGGGUAAGAGACAAGAUUCAAUAUUAGAGUUCAAGAAAAGAGUGUCAACUGGUGAACAAUUAAUGCUAUUAGACGAUAUUAUACUAGUAUUGGAGAAAUUCAAUCAUGUUAUUACGUUAUUGUCUGCCGAGAAACAACCAACUCUAGCAUCUGGAAAACAAACGGAGGUAGCUUUGUAUUUUCUCAUUCUUCCAAUUGAGUUUUCUACUAUAAUUCGUACUUGCUUUAUCCUGUUGUCAAAUGCCUUAAGUUGUUCUUCUGAGAGAUCAGCAGGUUCACUUCCUUCACAAAAAGGAACAAGAGAAUUUGGUAGGGAAUAA